ACGAGUAAUAAUCAUAAUAUAUAAAAACGUUACCAAAAUAAAUCUGAUAAAAAUGCCUAGGAGAAAAACAAUAGCAAGAACUGUAACUUGGCUUUCCGAAGAAAUACCUAAUGAUCAAAAUUUUUCCAAUUCCUUUCGCUUUUACCAGAAAUUCCAAUUUGGAGAUAUUAUUGCUGAAAUUGGCGACUUUGUUUUAAUAUCAAAUGCAGACGCGGCUGAGCCAGACACAGAAGGUGGUUGUGAUGCCGCAAAGUUACUUGCUUUAUAUGAAGACCAAUCAAAUAAGAAUGAUCCGUUCAGAGCCAAGGUUCAAUGGUAUUCUAGACCAAGUGAUUUACCCAAAGAAUGUGACUCUAAAAAUAUUUUGUUUUAUGAUAAAGAGGUUGUAGAAGAUAAUCGACCAUUCGACACAGAUGUAUCUAUAGAAACUAUAUUUAAAAAGUGUUACAUAACAUUAACAAUUACAAAGGACACAGACAAUGUAUUAAAUGGAGCUCCAUUGUACCAUUACAUUUGUCGAUUUAGACUGAUGCCUGUUGGUAGAAGGAAGGUUCAUAUUGAACCUGUACUUGAAGAUGAAAGAAAGGCUCUGGAACUUCUGUCUACACCCAGUAAGAAUAAUGCUACUCAAAAAUCAAGAACUCCUAAAACACCAAAUAGUUUAAUCAAAAGAAUGGGUAGAGUUUCAAUUUCAGAAAAAAAUUGGAGUGUAAGUAAAAAUGAUGGAACUAAGCUUCUUCUAAAAAGAGCUAUUUUGGCUGAUAAGAAUGAAAAAGAAUCACCUAAAAUAUCCACUCCAAGAAGUUUAAAAUUAACACCAGUAUUGGACACACCAAGGAGUUCCAAAAUACUAAAUAAAAAAAAUAUUCAGGAAAUUCUUUCAAUGGAAUUAAAAGAAAAUUCAGAUGAUGAGUUACCUACUCUCAUUAUUAGAGAACAUAUUCCUUCAACUCCAAAAAGAAAAACACCCCAACCUAAAAUUAGUAAUGAGGCUCCAAAAAAAGUACUUGUGUUUGAUGAUGAUGAAAAAGAAAUGUAUGCUACUCGAUCUGGGAGAGUAACAAGACAUCCUAUAUAUCGUGAAGAUGAAAUAUCCCCUGUUAAACGAACACCAAGAAGAACAGCACGUAAAAUAAGCUCUGAUGGAGAAAGUGAAAUUGACUAUGAAGACUUACCUAAAACCCCUAAGGUUCCUAGGACUCCCAAAACACCGCGUACUCCUAGGACACCCAAAAGUAGAACUUCUAUUGCCAAAACACCUAGAAGUGUUAAAAGGGUAUUAACUAGUGCGCUCACACCAACAUUACACACAAGGGCACAUCCGGUUGAUAACAUUGAUGAAUUUCUGGUGGAAAAUAAAUCACUUCCAGGCAGAGAAAAUCAGAUGCAUGAAAUUCUAUCAUUUGUUAGAAGUAAGCUCUUGCAUGCUGUAAGCGGGUGCAUGUAUAUCUCAGGGGUACCAGGAACCGGUAAAACUGCAACUGUCAACUCAGCACUCAAGGUCCUGAAAGAGGAACAAGAUCUGCCAGACUUUCAACUUGUUGAAGUUAAUGGUAUGCGGAUAGCUGAACCCAGACAAGCUUAUGUACAAAUAUACAAACAACUCACAGGCAAGUCUGUUGUUUGGGAACAAGCAUGUUCUCUUCUGGAAAAACGAUUCCAAAACCCAGGACCAAGAAGAACACCAACAGUACUUGUUGUUGAUGAAUUGGAUGCACUCUGCAACCGGCGACAAGAUGUUCUCUACAGCAUUAUGGAAUGGGCAGCUCAUAACACCGCUCUACUCACUGUCCUAGCUGUAGCCAAUACCAUGGACCUCCCUGAGAGAGCUCUCGCAGCUAGAGUCGCUUCCAGGCUAGGUCUCACUAGACUGACCUUUCCACCCUACACUCAUACCCAGCUGCAGUGUAUAGUAGCUACAAGGCUGGUUGGCGCUAAUGUCACAGCAGAUGCUGUGCAGCUUAUAGCCAGGAAAGUAGCAGCAGUAUCGGGUGAUGCCCGUCGUGCUUUAGCGUUAUGUGCACGAGCCUUGGAAAUAGCUGGCCCCAACUGCGCCGGAUUAAAAGAAGUUCAACAAGCACUGGGCGAAGCUGCCUCUGGCGCUACAGUCAGGGCCAUAAGAAACUGUUCCCCUGCUGAAAGGCUUAUGUUGCGAGCAGUUGCUGCCGAGGUUGAAAGAACAGGUUCAGAUGAGACAACUUUAUCGCGUGCACUGGCCACUGCCGCUGCUAUAGUUGCAUUAGAUGGUCGUCCGUACCGAUCUGCACCCUGCAUCAGGGCACCCACACCCUCACAAGCACAAACUAUAUGUGCUAGACUAGCAGCAAUCAAAUUAUUGUUGAUGGAACCAAAACCAUCAGAACCAAGAUUGUUGCUCAAUGUGAGUGCUGAUGAUGUACAUUAUGCAACCAAGCAUAUCAUUGUUUGAUUAACAGAUCUGCAUCUUAGAUAGUAUUAUGAAGAAAUUUCUUCUUAAAAUAAGAAUGUCACAAUCAGUUUUGUCAUAAUAUUUUAAAAAGCUAGUUGUUAAUAAGAUUACAUGAAUUUCUUUAAAAUCAACAUCUA